UUUCUCCUUGUCUAUUAGAAAUAAUAAAAGGUGGAGAGGGCAUAAGACAGAUAUGGUGGGGAUGCACACGUGUUGGAAGCCCAGCAGCACACUGUGAGGACAGUGCUGGCCUUGUUGGGCGCCCCUGGUUUGGUUUAUAUGGAAACGGGUACCCAAGCGCCGAAACAAAGGGCUUGGACGAGUCUCUUCUAGUCUCUUACAGAAGAAACGCCCACUGAACAGUAAGCAAAUAUACCUCCUCAGUCUUCCACUUCAACAUACACUUGUCAUAGUGCAUAUAAAUACACACAGAAAAGAGGGCUGUUGUCAAAGUUUUGAGGACUCAAAAACUUGACCUUUGAGGUGGCAGCAAUAGAAAAAGAGAGAAAUAAGACGAGAAGGGAGAUGAUACUGGUCGCGAUAGUGGCGGAGAUGAUGGAGGAGUACACGGUGCUGUUGGCGAGGGUGCUGGAGCAUCUUUUCCAUUCCGUGCCUUUCCCAAGGCGGGUUCGUUUUCUCAUCCUCCACAGUCUUCCUUUCUCUACAGCACAUCCUGUCCCCGCCUAAUUCCCCCCC